UUGACGUUGUAAAUAUUUGUCGAGUAAAUAAAAUAGAUGGUGAUAACACUUCGCUCGUGCUACAAACAUUUGAUAACAUUUUGCUUUCGAAAUCGUCGCGGCAUUGUGUUUUACGACCGUUAAAAUGUACAUUACUUUUAUAUAGAGACUGCCCAGAUAAAUUUUGUCUAUUGAAAAAAAAAAAAGAUAUAAAUGUUGUAUUGGAAUAAUCAGCAGAAUGGACAAAAUAUGCUCUCAAUUCGAACAUAGGGGUUAAAUAAAACAGUAAUAACUUAGGUGUUCCUAUGGGACAUUCAUCCAAUAAAAUAAAUAUGAACUGGUUCCGGAAGUGUCAGAAGUGCGUAGGAAUUAAGUAGGCGAGUGAGCGCAGUUGAGGGUGCGCAGUAACAUUUUGUGGACCUAUAAAGGGAUGGGCAUAGGUGCUCGCCCCAUUCACAAGUUCCCAGACGCCAACACUACAGCUCCCGUGAAGAAAUCGCACCAAACUUUGAGUUUCGAUCUUGAGUUAGUGAAGUGUAUUUGAACUUUUUACGUGAUACCCAAUCAUCAUGAGAGCUUUUCUCUAUAUAGUUCUGGUCGUGAUAUCAUGCGAUGGCAUUAGUAGCUUACUUUUGCCGGGCAAAGAACAUGACCGCUUAAGGAACCCUGCGCCUCAGCUCUCUUGGUUUUCGAGAUAUAGACGCCUAUCUCGUCCAUCUCACCGCGUUAUAGAUCCUAAUGAAGACUGUUUUCUAGUAACGUCAGAGGAGGGUGAACUGUUUUACAAAUCGCCGUCCGAUGAGCCAAAUGUUUGCGGAAUAUACAUGAUAGCUGAACCUGAUACCAGGAUCCAGGUCACUUUCAACUACCUGGAUGUACCCUGUGACAAUGGUGGACUUGUGGCAUGGGUGGACGGAUGGGAACUAAAUGGCCAAGUGUGGCCGGCGGACUCUUGGGACGACGACAGAGUCGUAGAAUCGUGUGACAGACGACCUCAGCGAAAACUGGUGUCGCGACAAAAUGCAGCUCUCAUACAGUAUCGAGUACCGGCUCAAGGGAAGGGUUUUGCAAUUACUGUACGGCACCUGCGAAACCCUAGACCAUGCAACGUUAUGUUGUUCGGCGCUGAGGGAGUGUACACACUGCGUAACCACGGCGAAACAGGCAACUGUUCAGUUAUUGCGGUGUCGCCUACCACAGUAAGAAUUUUGGAUCUCAAUGUGGGACAAGCGCUAAAGAGAGGUAGUCUACUUGAUAUUGAGACUGGAACUAUACACCACUGUACAAAGCGAGGUUUGCCUGAUUAUGUGGAAAUUGGCGGAGCCAGCGGUUUGGACCACACCAAAAUGGAGGUGCUCGACAGUGUUUGCGGACUCGACUCUAAUGAAGGCCGUCGCCCCGCAUUCAUCGCAUGCGAAGAUACAGUUGUGAGAUUGAUUUCCAAUGGUAAAUUCUACAAUUCCGUCACCUUGGCUUUUUCACCGCUACCUCUUGAGGAAUUAGAACACGCUGACUUAAUUUGUGGAAUGAACGACUUGUAAAAUGCUAAUCGAAAAUAAUACUAUGGCACAAUUUUUGUAAUUCAUUUUCCUAAAUUUUAGUUUACAAUUUUUAUUAUUAUAUUCUCAUCCAUUUUAAAUUCAUUUAAGAUACUUGUAUUUAAAUAAGCUUAAUGAUUAAUACGAAGCAAUGAAAACAUGAUAAUGUAAAUUACAUCAAAAAUUCAAUUUUAAUUGAAUGUAUUUAUUAUCUAUUAGAUUCGUAUUCUUCUACAAAAACAAUAUUUAACAGAAUGUAACAUGGCCCACUGUAAGGCUGCCAGAGGGUCAAUUUCGAUUAAAAUAUUAAGUAUAAUGCAAAAGCAAUAGAUAAUGCAAUAUUAUUCCUUUUUUUACAAAUCUAAAAUUUGAUUAUACGGAAUCAGUUUAAAACGUUGAGUUAAAAAAUAAAUAAAAAUAACAUAUUUUUACAUUGUACAUGAAUGAUUAUUUAAUUUUAUGAGGCACUUGUCUAAGGAUAAAUAUUAAAUGUAUAUCAUUUAGCAAAUAUGUAAGUCCUACUCCAAAGGAAUAGAAAUGUCGGUCAACAGCGUCUGAGGUAUGUAUUAAUUAUGAAGGGUUCCGUAGCUAUAUACGAGGAUUAUGGAUUUCAAUUUAAGGGCGAGGUUCUCAAUUUUACACUUUUUCUGUAUGUAUAUUUUGUGAUAUUUCAUCCAUUUUAAAUUUUAUGACAAGUGAUAAGGUUCACUCCCAAGUUGGCCACAUAAAGAUUAAUUAUUGAAUUCUUUUUAUGGACGAAAUUUUUUAUAUAAAAAUUAUAUAGUUUAUUCACUAUUAUUUCGUAGCGUUUAUAUGUUUUUUUAAUAUCCCAGACAAUAAGAGCUUUUUUAAUAGUCUGGAGACUCCUAUCUAAGGAAAGACAAAUUAUUUAUAUCCUUUUUAGUAUGAAAGUCGAGAGUGUUAGACUGCAGUAGACUCGCAAAUGCAAUUUCUAUUCAUUAUAACUUUGACUUCCAGGUUAUAAAAAUCCCUUUGGGAGAGAAGUCCACUCUUUGACUGUUUAAAUAUAAAACGAAAAUCUAAAGCGUAUGUGAAAAGUGGAUUAUUAAAAAAUUUAUGCAAUUAAUGUCACCCAUCUAUUAAUUUGUUUUUCGUUAAUCGUUGAAUUGUAAUUGUCCAACUAUAUAAAACUGGAAAUCUAAUAUUAAAUAGACGUAGAAGUAAUCAAUUGAGAUAUAAAUACUAAUUAUUAAAUUAUACAAUAAAAAUCAGAAUUCGAUUUCUCAUAUUUCCUACGGAAUCCUACAAAGGCAUGAAUUUAUGAUAAACAAAUGAGUAUUUAUAAGUGUGCUAAGUAUAACUUUUCCAUUUAAGACUUAUUGGCCAUAUAUGUUAAGAUUUAUGUAAUGCAUUUAGGCAACUAGUUUUUGGAAUUGUUAAUAACUUUAUCUAGUCAUAUAUACAAAGUUAGAUGAACGCAAUACCAACGCCCUGAUG